AUGAAUGAAAGAUUAGAAUUAAUUUUACAAACAUCACCAUUCGAAGAGAAAGUCACACGAAAUGGCUUGCAAAAGAAUAUUAGAGUGGUGAUCAAGAACAGUCCUUUCACAGUGCAAUUGAAAAUGAAGAAACACGAUAUCGAUUUGAACAACGUUGCGUUCGAAGCAGUGCUGCUCUACGAUAACGACACUGGCGGUGUCGUCGACGAGAAGGAAGUGGAUUUCACGCUUGCAACACAGCAGAUACUACAGACACCUGGCGGCAGCGGUUCCGGAUCGUCGACAUCCACAACAACUUUUCCAACUAUAAUAAACGGAGCUGGUGCCCACCUCAAUGGAACCUCCACAACCAACAACCACUCCUCUAACAGCGGCAGCAGUAGUAGUAGUGGCGGCGGCAACAGUAGUAUACCACAGCGUAUGGAGUUUGAAGAGGCAUUCAAACAUAUGAUGAAUGCCUAUGUACAGUUGGAUCCAAGACAGCGUGCCGAAAAAGUGCGACGUGUCUUUAGAAAUACUUCGGCGCGUGACUCUGAGACGCUGUCGGAGCUGCUCGAUCUCUUUAUCACAGAGGGUGUCGGCGGUAUCGGUACAAUCGCACCGUUGCCCAUGAGUCCCAACCAGAACUCGCCCGUCAGUCCAACUCUGAUCGGACAAAAUCAAAGCCAGCCAACCGUAAUCACCAAUCCCAGCCAAAACAAUCCAUUCAUCACCUCGACAACCACCACAUCCACCACCCAAUCCAACGGUUUUGUUGAACGCAACAAUGCCAACACCGAUCCAUAUCCUUUCUUUUCAACUUUGCCAACAUCAUUUGACAACGAAUUUGGUUCAUUCAACAGUGGUAAUGAUUUCAUUCCAUUUUAA